AGAGAUUCAGAUGUACUGAAUCGUGCCUGAAUUCAGAUAAAUUCUGAUUUAAAAUCAAAAUCUCUGUUUCACGUCAUGGAUGUGGCCAAUUCUACGGCAGUGGACGACUAUUUCGACAACCUGGUCCGAACCUGCAACCGAGAAGUCGGUUUGCUCAAGGAAAAAGAGUGCUUCGAAACCUUCAAUAGAGGAAAGGUGGGCUUUUUGAACGUAAUUGAAUUCAUCGUUCUAUGCGAGGCGCUUUUCCACGACUCUGAAGGGCGGAAGUACAAUGUCGAAAAGCAACGGAUGGCGGAAAUUUUUGCUUCAUUCGACACCUGCCGAUUGGAUUACAGUUUCGGCUCCAAUUUGGCGCCUUGUUUCAUAGAGGGACCACGAGAAAUUCCGCACACAUGGGUUGGGGAACACUGCUAUAAUUUACUUUCCAAAAUGGACCUGACCUUGGUGGGCUUUUUGAACGUAAUUGAAUUCAUCGUUCUAUGCGAGGCGCUUUUCCACGACUCUGAAGGGCGGAAGUACAAUGUCGAAAAGCAACGGAUGGCGGAAAUUUUUGCUUCAUUCGACACCAAUAAGGACGGAUUUAUUGACCUGACGGAGUUCCAAGCAUGCUGGAAGGAAUGGAUUGCGGUGAUUUGUUGGCCAAAACCUGCCUUGCUCGUGAUUGACGUGCAGAAUGAUUUCAUCAAUGGAUCAUUGUCCAUGGACAACUGUCCAGCAGGACACAAAGGCGUCGAGGUGAUAGAACCCAUUAACGGACUGCUUGAAAACGUGACGUUUGACGCCGUUGUUUACAGCUACGACUGGCACCCGGAAAACCACAUUUCAUUUUUAUCAAACGUAAAGCAAAGACCGAUGGACGCAUCUUCCACAGUUAAACCCGAGGAAGCCAAAGUCGGAGACGUGGUUGUUUUCGCGGGUUCACAGCCAACUGAAGUGGUUCUCUGGCCAGACCACUGCGUGCAAAAUUCCUGGGGAGCCGAAUUGCAUCAGAACUUAACAGUAGUGGAAGGGGCUGAGCUGGUUUACAAGGGAACCAAUCCGGAAAUAGACUCUUUUUCCGCCUUCUGGGAUAAUGGGAAACUGUCAGAAACCGAGCUGGAUUCGAUUCUGAAAAAGCGCGGGAUCACUGAUGUUUUCUGUGUUGGGCUCGCUUACGACUAUUGCGUGGACGAUGCUACUCGUAGCAUCGAUCCGGACACAGUCUCUUCAAUGACUGCUGAACUGCUGGCGCUUGGUGUGGAAAUUAUCAACAGUGAUAAGGUUAAUGACAUGGCCAGAGGGUACGACCGACAUCCCACCCUAGCGAUAUCCAGUGCUAAGAACUUCAAUGCUUAACAAGCACUGAAACAUCACCACUGAAACAUCAUCCUUGACUUGAGCAUCCGCGGUAAUUCAAUCUGGCACGAAUCCUACACUUACACGACACGCUAAUCGGAUUACGACACGCGUACCGCACAGGAAAACAAAAAUCACGCAACCAACAAUCAUUGUGAGCAAUCAAGCAAUUAUUGUUUAUUACCGCGGUUGUAUUCAAAAGUAUAAAAAAUGUGAAUUAAAAAGAUAUCACUUUCCGUG